AUGGCCCGCCGGAUCGCCGCCGUCCUCCUGCUCCUGGCCCUCGGCUGCCUCCUGGGCAUCCUCCUGCUCUGUCUCGGCUCCGGGGACACGCGGGGCCCGCCGGGCUUCAAGUACGGCAUCGUGCUGGACGCCGGGUCCUCCCACACAGCCAUGUUCAUCUACAAGUGGCCGGCAGACAAGGAGAAUGACACCGGGGUGGUCAGCGAGCACAGCAUGUGUGAUGUGGAGGGUCCUGGCAUCUCCAGCUACAGCUCCAACCCUCCAGCUGCUGGUGCAAGCUUGAAGCACUGCCUGAACCAGGCCCUGAGAGAUGUGCCCAAGGAGAAGCAGGUGGGCACCCCGCUCUACCUGGGUGCCACGGCUGGCAUGCGCCUGCUCAACAUCACCAACCAGCAGGCUUCCGAUGCCGUCCUCAGUGCCGUGGCGGCCGUGCUGAGGUCGUACCCCUUCGAUUUUCGGGGAGCAAAGAUCCUGUCAGGGGAGGACGAAGGGGUCUUCGGCUGGGUCACUGCAAACUACCUCCUGGAGAACUUCAUCAAGCGUGGGUGGCUCGGGGAAUGGAUCCAGCCCCAGAAGAAGACACUAGGGGCCAUGGACUUUGGUGGUGCUUCCACACAGAUCACCUUUGAAACCAAGGACACCAUUGAAGACCCUAGAAAUGAGGUGAUGCUGAAGCUGUAUGGCCAGGUGUACAAAGUGUACACCCACAGCUUCCUCUGCUAUGGAAGGGACCAGGUCCUCAAGAGGCUGCUCUCAAAGCUCCUCCAGGUACCAGUGUGUGGUCAACAGGGAUGCUGCCUUACAUCACCCUGCUGGCCCACAGGCUACAACAAGAGCAUAUUGCUGAGCAGUGUCUACAACAGCCCCUGCACAGAGAAGGAGAGGCCCAGCCUUGCCCUCAACACCACCAUCACUGUGGUUGGCACCGGGAAUGGGAGCCUCUGCACUCUGCACGUCAGCAAGCUCUUCGACUUCACCACCUGCUCCUUCUCCCGCUGCUCCUUCGAUGGCAUUUUCCAGCCGGAGGUUUCGGGAAAUUUCAUCGCCUUCUCUGCCUUCUUCUACACGGUUGACUUCAUCCAGACAGUGAUGGGGAGACCCAUACACUUGCCCAGUGACCUGAGAGAUGCUGCCGAGACCAUCUGUGCCACCAGCUGGAGCGAGCUGCUCCAGAAAGCCCCCACGCUGGAGAAGAGGCUGCCGGAUUACUGCGCUGUCAGCACAUUUGUUUAUUUGCUCACCACCAAAGGCUAUAACUUCAACAACCAUUCCUUCCCCAACAUUGCAUUCCAGAAGAAGGCAGGAGAAACCUCCAUUGGCUGGGCCCUGGGCUACAUGCUGAACCUCACCAACAUGAUCCCAGCAGAGAAGCCCUCUUCCCACAAAAGCAUGAUGUACAACUACUGGGUCAUCCUCAUCCUGCUCUUCGUGUUCACCACCCUGACAUCUCUGGCGACUGCCGUCUGCCUGCUCCGGCGCAGCAAGUCCAGCACAAUCUAA